CAUAGUUAUAAAACCAAAUUGACGUCUCUCUCAAUGGCUGCUUCUGCUUGUAUCCACUCGACAAAUGAUGGAGCUAAAUCGUGGGUUUGUCUGCAAUGGUGGAAGAUGACAAGGCUUUUAUCUUUUAUUUGGAGAUUGUCUGUGGGUUUCUCCCCGAGAAUAAACGGAGUGAAAGGGUUCAAAAGCAUUGAGGACGUCCAAGAUGGGAUCCCAAGUGAAGUGACUGAGAUUGUUCUUGUUCGUCAUGGAGAGACCACGUGGAAUGCUGCAGGAAGAAUCCAGGGACAAAUGGAAUCGGACCUAAACGAGGUUGGACAGAAGCAAGCUGUUGCAAUCGCAGAGAGACUGGCAAAGGAGCCGAGACCAGCAACUGUGUAUUCAUCGGAUCUCAAGCGAGCCAAACACACAGCCCUCGAGAUUGCCGAAAACUGCUUUUGCCCUGAGGUGAUUGAGGUGCCAGAACUGAAGGAGAGACACGUGGGGAGUUUGCAAGGGCUGUUUUGGACAGAAGGUGAAGAAAAAGAACCUCAAGCUUACAGAGCAUUUUUCUCUGACCAAAAUGACCUCGAGAUUCCUGGUGGGGGAGAGAGCUUUGACCAGCUCUGUGAGAGAUCCAUGCAUGCUCUUGAGAAGAUUGCCAAGAAGCACAAAGGGGAGAGAGUGAUAGUGGUGACACAUGGAGGAGUAAUAAGGGCAGUCUACAUGAAGAUCACGGCGGCUCCCUCCGCCGGCAAACUCCUCAACGCCUCCGUCAACGUUCUUCACUUCGACGGGAAAUGGAGCAUCAAGUCAUGGGGCGACGUCUCUCACCUCUCCUCCGUCGGAUUCCUCCAACGCGGCUUCGACGGUGACUCCAAGCAUUGACCAUUCACCAAACCCUGUCUCCGUACAUACAUACAUACAUACAUAUGUGUGUGCGUACAUGUGCAUGCGGAAGUGGAGGAAGAUGCCCUUUGUUUGGAACAGCUUCUCUCUUUCUUCCUGCCUUCUAUCUUCUUGUCCUGUUUUAAUCGAUUAAUAAGAGUUUUCAAGGAUUCAGAGGUUUUGAUACAUACAAAUUGCUGAUGCAAUUCUUUUCCAAUUUCACAAAAAAAAAAAA